AUGAGCCGCCAAUUUAGCUCUAGGUCAGCAUUUAGCUCCAGAAGCAAGCGGUUUUACAGCCUUAGCUCUUCUGCAGGCUCUGGUGGUGGGAGUCAGGCUGUGGGGUCUGUGUGUCAGGCCCGAGGCAGGUGUGGUGGUGGUGGGUAUGGGAGCCAAGCUAGGGGCUUUGGUUCUAGGAGCCUCUACAAUCUGGGAGGCACUAAGAGCAUCUCCAUCAGCCUAGUGGGAAGAAGUGCCAGUGGUUUCUGCCAGGGUGGGGGAGCAGGAGGAGGAUUUGGAGGGGGCAGAAACAUUGGAGGUGGUGGGUUUGGGGGAGGUGGUUUUGGCGGUGGUGGCUUUGGAGGUGGUGGCUAUGGGGGUGGUGGUUUUGGGCUUGGGAGCUUUGGUCCUUCCUGCCCCCCAGGGGGCAUCCAAGAGGUGACUAUUAACCAGAGCCUCCUGCAGCCACUUCAUUUGGAGGUGGACCCUGAAAUUCAGAAAGUCAAGACCCAGGAGCGGGAGCAGAUCAUGGUCCUCAACAACAAGUUUGCCUCCUUCAUUGACAAGGUGCGAUUCCUGGAGCAACAGAAUCAGGUGCUACAAACAAAAUGGGAGCUGCUGCAACAGGUGGACACCUCUACUAGGACCAAUAACCUGGAGCCCGUCUUGGAGAGCUACAUCAGCGAGCUGCAGAGGCAGGUGGAUUUUCUCAAUGCGGAGCAGAUGCGCCAAAACACGGAAAUCAGGAGUAUGCAGGAUGUCGUGGAGGACUACAAGAACAAAUAUGAGGAAGAAAUCAACCGGAGGGCCAGCACUGAGAACGACUUUGUUGUUCUGAAGAAGGACGUGGAUGCUGCUUACAUGGGCAAAGUGGACCUGCAGUCCAAGGCAGAUGCUCUGUUUGGGGAGGUCAACUUCCUAAAAUAUUUAUUUGAUAUGACGCACAUCAGCAACACCAAUGUCAUCUUGUCUAUGGACAACAACCGCUCCCUGGAUCUGGAUAGCAUCAUUGACACAGUGCGGUCCCAGUAUGAGCUGAUCGCACAGAAGAGCAAGGACGAGACUGAGGCGCUGUACCAGACCAAGGCCAAGGAGGAGCUGGCCCGGCUGCUGCGAGACUACCAGGCACUACUGGGGGCCAAGCUGUCCCUGGAUGUGGAGAUCGCCACCUACCGCAAACUGCUGGAGGGCGAGGAGAGCAGGAUGUCGGGGGAGCUGCAGAGCCACGUGAGCAUCUCUGUGCAGAGCAGCCAGACUACCGUCAGCAGCGGGGGAGGUGGCGGUGGCCGAGGCUCUAGAGGUUAUGGUGGCGGCUACAGUGGCGCCAGCUCCCGCAGGGGCGGCAGCAGCAGCAGUAGCAGCAGAGGCUACGGCAGUGGCGGAGGCGGGGGCUCCCGAGGGGUCAGCGGAGGUGGUUAUUCCGGCGGCACCGGCGGGAGCUACGGAGGGAGCAGCAGGGGCAGCAGCAAGUACGGAGGCAGCGGAGGCUUCUCCCGCGUGCAGAUCAUCCAAACUUCCACCAACACCUCCCACAAGCGAAUCGUGGAGUAGAGGGAAGGCUCAGCCCCACCCCACCAGCUCCCAGCGGCAAGGCUGUCAUCUGUUCCCUCCCCCACGCCCUUCCUGAACCCCUCUCACUUACCUUUUCCUUAUGGGUCUCAGCAGUUUUGCCAAAUACAUCGCACUUUCCCCGGGGAAGCAGGUGGAUAUUGGAUCUAUCUUCGGGAGGGUGCUGGCUGGCAGGCAGAAUCACAGCCAGACACACUCAACUCAGACUCCACUCAGCUGGCCCUGCUCCUGCCCCUGGGAACCCUCAAGGGCCCCAGUUUAGAGAUGGAGAAAAGGAGCCCUAUAGUGUAUCUACAAAGCAGAUAAUAGAGUGUUAAUGUCAAGGACCCCAGGUAUCUCACUCCCAGGCUCCCUUUCCUGCACCUGGGCUGCUCUGUGGACAAUAACCCAUCCCUUAGGGCCACAGAAUGAAGCCUCUGGGCAAGUUGCUUGGCAAGGGGAACCUGUGCCUGGGCCCAUUACUGCCUGUUGGUCUGUUAGCCUCCUACUUUCAUUUCCUCCAUCCAUGCAGAGUAUGGAUUUGCUGUCCUCAUCAGACACCUGUAAGUGAUCUCUGCUCUUGCUUCUGAAUCUCUGUCUUAAGAAGCAUUAUUCUCGGGGUUAACAGCCCAAGAUGGGAGUCUUUCCGAGGACAUACGUCCUUGUCCCCUGGGAGGACUGAUUAUCCCUAAAUGGAGGAGUCAAUGGACAAACAAUCCAUUGUUUCUGCCCCGCCCUUCCUGAGAGCUCCAUUCUUUGGAAGCCUGGCCCUUUCUAAACUCUGCUCCAUAAUGGCCCUCCUGAGAAUUGUCUAGCAGACUGGGCACAUGCAGCCCAGGUCUGCUUAGUCCAGGUGCCCAGGCCCUGGAGAUUUUGAGGCUCAGACAUGGGCCUUUGGAGGGUUCAGUCCUGAACCAGUUUGGAAGCUGCCUGUAAUUUGUCAGGAAACUUAGUGUCCUUUCCCAGAUCUCAAAGUCCCUCCUGACUCCUGUUCUCUGUGACUGAGCACUUUGUGAGAAUUUGAUGCUUGAAAUGUGCUGGAGGGGAUGGGAAGGGGAAACUACUGGCCAACUAGCAGGCCUUGAGAGGGAGAAGGUGACUUUACUUCCCGAGUCACUUUCACUUGUUUGCUGAGUCCUAAUAUGACCUCCAAAUCCAUGAUUCUCUUGGGGCAUCUGCCGGGCUCAGCAUGGGUUCCUUGGGGAGUGCUGUGACUUCAUCACUUCCUGGUUGAAGCUUGUACCUUGAAAGGCUUGACAUUUUUGGUGUUUCUACAAUAAAAUAU